UUACCAUUAUCAAUUGCAUCAUGGGAUUUUGUAAAUAAACUCACUUUCAGUUUUGAUAUCAGGAAGUUGGAGUGAAGAAUAAAACAUUGAUGUUGCUAUUUUAUCCGAUAUUUUGAGCUGGACAUAUAAACCAUUCCUUGCGACAUAAAGAGACCAUGGAUGGCACAGAUGGUGUUGAGAUACCAGAUCUUGCAGCCAGUUUACACAUAUUCUCAGAUGACCUAGCAUUGGAAUCCACUACAUGUCUAUCAGGGGAGGCCAGAGGAGAGCGGUUAAAUGGUGUGAUGGUGACUACAGAGAACAUGGUUGUGGAUGAGGAGGAGAGCCUGUUGAAAUACUCCACCACCCUCACGAAUAGGCAGCGUGGGAACGAGGUCACAGUCAGACCAGCUACUUUAGACAUUCUGUCCAUUCACCAGCUAGCUGCCCAGGGGGAGGUCUUACAGGUGGCCACACACCUGAGCAAAGACAGUUCAUUAUUAAACCGCCAGGAUGAACGGGGCUUAACUCCUCUCAUGUGGGCAGCAGCGUUUGGAGAGAAAGCCAUGGUGGAUUUCCUCCUAGAAAACGGGGCAGAUCCUAGUACGAUAGCAUGGGAACGGGAGAGUGCCUUGACCCUGGCGAGCUCAGGAGGCUAUGCAGUCAUAGUGAAACGUCUUCUUGAACAUGGAGUAGAUAUCAAUGCUUAUGACUGGGUAAGGGUGUCAAUUAGGAUUCUUGAUUUCUUCAGAAAUAUCACACAUCAGUCUUCAAUAUGUUUUUGGGUGAUUUUAUUCAUGGGAUGUUGUAUGUUUAAGAAUGGUGGUACUCCUCUCCUUUACGCUGUUAGAGGGAACCAUGUAAGGUGUGCUGAGGCCCUCUUAGAUAAAGGGGCAGACAUGAACAUUGAGGCAGAUUCUGGGUAUAGUCCAAUGGCCUUAGCUGUUGCCCUCGGACACAAACAAGUCCAAAAGGUGUUAGAGGACCAUAUUCUGAAACUCCUGAAGAAAAAAGCAUGACACCAGCUAAGGGUACCAGGAUGUGGUUAGAGGACGUUGUGCUGAACAGAGGAUCACCUGCUGGCAUCAGUGGUGAGGUGGUCGACCAAAACACUGACGCCACAAAAGGCGGUUGGUAGUGAAGACACUUGGAACGGAAGCUCCAACGUUAAGGGACACUGUGGUUCUUAUCUUGUACAUUUAUUCAACAUGUUUUUUAUAUUAUGGAAAUGCUUAUAUUUCUUCUUUUUUUGGGGGGGUGGCAAACUAUCUUUAAAAUAUAUAUUUAAAAAAACUGGAGAUUUUGCACCAAUGGAUAGUAAACAAAUGUUGAAAAACAAAAUGCAUAGACAUUUUACGACGUCAUUUGGAAUGGGAAAUUAAAUGCACAGCACAAGCAUUUGAAUAUGCAGGUGGUUGCGUGACCUUAAAGCCUGGAAAGCUGCAAUAAAAUCCAGAUUCUUUGUCUGAGCCAAAUCUUCCCUUUUCCCUUGUUGUUUGUGUGCACAAGCAGGUAACCAACUUAAAAUGUCCUCACCAAAAGCAAUCAGAUAUGGUUCCCAUUCAAAACCAUUAAUUUGGGGUGGUAGUCUUCCAGCAGCCAUGUUCUUCAAUGGCACUAUACCCUCUCUUUCCCUAUAAGUCUCUCCCUCUCACGCAGAAACAGAAACGUCACAAAGCUCUUUCCCCCAGGAUGUCCAAGGAGUAAACAAUUAUUCUGCCAAAGAAGUCGGCACUGUUCUCAAACACUAUUUGUAGCCUGUGCACCGUGGGGACCUCCUGGAUGGGAAAUCUGUGGGUGUGGAGUUAAGAACCAGAUAAGCAGAGGAGUAAUGAAAGAGAACGGCACAGAACAAUGUUAAUUGAAAGCUGCUCUGUAGCUACUAGGCAUUAAAAUCAACAUUUCUGUAUUACAGUAUUUAGGUCCAGGCAUAACUUUUCUGUACUAUUACAACUUAUUUAAGCAAUUAUUACAACUAAGACCCGUGUCCUGUCCAGGCGGUGUAGUUCUACAUCAAGCUGCCUCACGUUUGAAUUACAAGGCCAUUCUGUCUCGAACUAGAAUUACUACAACUAAUUUGAACUGGUAUGAUUUUAGAGACAUUUAAUAAUACAUUGAAGGAUAUUUGUAGUGAGCUGCUGUCUUCUGGGUAAAAAUCUAUGAUUUUAGCCAAGUCUCCAUCUUUUGGGCAUCCUGACGGGAAAGUGAAAGCCUUUUCAGGAUCAUUGACAGUCUGUCUCUUUUUUUACAUAUGACGUGUUAUAGCAUAGUAUGACAAUGAAUCAUUGAAAAUAAUACCUUAAUAAUAAAUCAUUUGGUGAGUA